AUGAGCGAGCUCCAUAGGUCCUUCGCCAAGUCCAAGUUGGAAAAGCUUCCACCCGAGGCCCCCGUUCUCGACUCAAUGGACAUUCCGGAAGAGCAUCGGGAAGAGGAUGGCUCGUCGGCCUCCUCGCUGUCGUCCUCGGGGACGUUGGUUCCCUCCCCAACGCGGAAUUUAUUUGCUCGGAAGGGCUCUGGGCAAUCAUCGCAAACAUUGACAUGGACGGACUUCUUUGCCCAAGAACUCUUCCUCCCCGACGAAGUUGACGAUAUGAUCAUCAUUCACCAUGUUUACCUAACUCCACCCACAGACACGGGUCCAUUAUUUGUCAUGCAUCAUGGUGCUGGCUCAUCCGGUCUCUCUUUUGCAACAUGUGCCAAGGAGCUCCGAAGAAUUAUCCCGAAGGCCGGCGUCUUAUCCCUAGAUGCUAGAAGCCAUGGGCGCACUACCAUGACCCGGAAAUCGCAAAAGUUCGACCAAGCCAGCCCUUCCACUGCGGCAGCUGCAGUUGCUGAGGCGGAAAGCCAUCUUGAACUCGACCUCGGUCUUGAAACCCUGAGCAGGGACCUGGUCUACGUGCUUCAUCAAACACAAGUCAAAAUGGGCUGGGAUCAUCUCCCAGACAUUGUGUUGGUGGGCCAUAGCCUCGGCGGCGCAGUCAUUACGGAUGUGGCCAACACAGGCGAGCUUGGGUCUAAACUGUUAGCAUACGCGGUGCUGGAUGUUGUUGAAGGAUCGGCAAUGGAUGCGCUCCAAAGUAUGGAGAAAUAUCUUUCAACCCGACCAACCCGAUUUCCAUCGCUUGCAUCUGGAAUCGAGUGGCAUACUCGCUCCCGCACUAUUCGUAACACUAUCUCCGCCCGUGCCUCGGUUCCUUCCUUACUAUACGAAGAGAGUCAACCAGCUGACAGUGCCCGUCCUUGGGUAUGGCGUACCAAUCUCUCGGCAACAAAGCCAUUCUGGGAGAACUGGUUCAUUGGUCUAAGUCGAAAAUUCCUCGAUUCCCGGGGCGGUAAGCUUCUGCUCCUUGCAGGAACAGACCGAUUGGAUAAAGAGUUGAUGAUCGGUCAGAUGCAAGGAAAGUAUCAACUCCAAGUCUUCCCCGAAGCUGGUCACUUUGUUCAGGAAGACCAACCAGUCAAAACCGCCCAGGUAUUGGCUGAUUUCUAUAGACGCAACGACCGUAGUGCCUUGGUGUUGCCGCCAAAAGUCGCUGACAUGCAAGCUGCGGCAGCAAUGAAAAAGGGUGCUGGGGCUUCUGGUAAAGAUCCAGUAUUGAAGUAA